AUGUCUGUUAGAUACUGCACCAAAAAUUUGGUGGGGAGGGCGCCAUUUGCCUUAAGAUCAGGUGCAGUGAGACUGCAAAGUUCUUCAUCAAAGGCUAGUUCCAGCGAUGAGUCCAAUGCUAUAAAAGGCGAGAAUGGUGAAGAAUUACAAUCUGUGGAUGUAGCAGCGGCUCGUCAAUCGGAAUUUAACGGGAGUAUAUCUCAGCUUUUACAUCAGGCAAUGAACACACCAAUAGAAGAGUUAGGAGAUCUGGAAACCAAGUUGAAGUCGCCAUUGACUGAGAAAGAACAACAAUUGGAUGAGAAAUUGACUGCAUUUUUGAGGAAGUACUCGAAAUAUAACAAAGUUUUAGAUCUACCAGAGGAUACCAACAAGUUCGACUUUAGUUCAAAAGUUUUGUCCCAACCAUUACAUACUAGAGAGUUCCCAUAUUUGUCGCACACCAGUAAAGAAAAGCCUUAUUCGGAACAAGAAUUAUAUGUACGUCAAUUAAAACAUGCCGCUCAUACAUCCAAAUUAGGUGCUAAUAUACAAGACGUGUAUUUCCCACACAAGGACGUUUUCAACCCGCCAUCUUUACAGCAAGUAUCCAUUGAAAAGCUAAUGGCCGCUGGUGUACAUUUGGGCCAAUCCACUGCUCUAUGGAGAGCUUCUACACAACCAUAUAUUUACGGUGAAUACAAGGGCAUUCAUAUCAUUGAUUUGAAUCAAACACUUUCGCAUUUGAAGAGAGCUGCACAGGUCGUAGAAGGUGUUGCUGAAAAUGGUGGUUUGAUUCUUUUCCUUGGGACCAGAGAGGGUCAAAAGAGAACUUUAAUUAAGGCAGCUGAAAGAGUAAACGGUUAUUAUGUGGCAUCUAAGUGGGUACCAGGUACUUUGACCAAUCCUACUGAAAUUUCAAGUAGUUGGGAAAGACACGAAGUGGAUUAUUUCGGUAACCCAACCGGUAGAGAAUUGACUCUUAACGAAUCUAUGAGCAUUAUUAAACCAGAUUUAUUAGUUGUUUUGAACCCUACUGAAAAUAGAAACGCUUUGAAAGAGGCAAUGAAGGCAAGAGUCCCAACAAUUGGUAUUAUCGAUACCGAUUCUGAACCAUCGUUGGUGACAUAUCCUAUUCCAGCUAAUGAUGAUUCUCUACGUUCUGUAAGUUUAUUAACCAGCAUCUUAGCUAAGGCUGGUGAAAGAGGUGUACAAACUCGUUUGAAUCGUGCAUCAGUUUAG